AUGUAGUAAACACUGUAAAUGAUUACAAAAUUACAAAAAAUCCGUGAAAAAGGAUUUAGGGUAUUGUAACAGUGGGUGGGUACAGAAAAUUGCCACCUCACUUUAAUUCGCACAUGGCCAAUUCAAAAGGUAUCGCGUGUGCAGCUUUGAAAAAUCGACACAGUUUUGAUUUGUUUUAUAUUUUUCUUACUCUGUGAAUAAGUGGAUAGCAAAAUCAAAAUUUAUUGUGUACAAUAGUGCCUUUUUAGCCAAGUGUACAUUUACGAAUAACAAAUUUAACGCACAACUUAUACAACAGUUAUGUUACAAAAUAAAAAAACUAACUUGCAAUUGCCAAUAGACGACUAUUAAUUGCAUGACGAAAAAUAUAACAGCAGAAAAAGCUUUGGUCCGUCCACAAAAAAUAGAAUAUACGAUUUCCUUCUCCGUUAAAAUCAGCCUGCUCCGCACCGCACUUGAAUUCCGUAACUUUAGUUUUUGCUCAAACUGCAAAUGCACUGCCAUAUCAUGGUGUAUGUACGCAUUGUGCUUACAACGCUAUUGACCAUCACCUGCCUUUUGGGAGAUAAUUUCGUCGAACUAACACAACAUCCACUACUGAAGGCCUUAGCCGAUAAUGCCACACACGCUAUAAUUGGCGCAUUAACAGGAAUCGCGUUCGCUGUGCAAUUUCACGAGCGCACCAGUAAUUUACUUGGAUGGUUUUUGAUAUUCACCUGCUUCGCAGUAUCAUCUUUGAUUGAUUUAGAUCACUUUAUAGAAGCGCGUUCAUGGUAUUUGGAGGAUGCCACUAAUUUACCCCGUCGCCCCUUUUUACACUGCUCAAGCAUAUUUUUUGUACUGCUUACGUUCUACCUAUGCACCGCAUGUUUAAACUAUUUUAAGACAUCUCUAACUUUUGGAGUAUUGCUCUGUGCCUUCAUCACACAUCACACGCGCGACGCUGUGCGUAGGGGUUACUGGUUUUGCCCAGUUGGUCAUACCGGUCGGAUGCCGAAUGUUGCCUAUAUUGUACUCACAAUUUUAACACCACAUUUGGUAGCAUAUUUACAUGGCGUUUGCCGUAGUGGACCAGUACAAUACUUCCUUGGGCAGUAUAUUAAGUUGAGUGAUAAUUACCGAAUCGGAAGCGGCGGUUACCGUUAUAUGAAUGUAUAAAUUUUUAUAAUAAUUAACAUUUAAUUUUAAAAUUUGUUGAGUAGUCAUACCAA